GAUAUUAAUUUAGAAGAUUUAGAUGAAACUAGUCAAAGUUCUAUAAAUGAAUUUAAAAUUGCAAAACAAGCUUUAUAUAAUAAUAUUGCUGGUUUGGUUAUGGCCGCUCAAAGUGCAACCGAUCCGUCCCUCAAAUCUAAUAUAAUGGAUCAUGUUCAAAUUUCUGCUAAUGUUGUUGAAAAAUCUGUAAAAGACUUGAUAAUUGCUGCAAAGUUCCUUAUGGAAGAAAAAGAUACACAAGAUCAAUUAAGAAUUCAAAUGCGUACUCCUAGGCAUUCUAAUUCUGAAAUAUUAUCAAAACUGCCUUUAACAUCGAUUGAAGAUGGCGCGAAUGACGUCACUGAAGAUGCUGAAAUUAUGGAUAAUCAAAGCAUCAUUCCUAUUAGUCCUCCAGUAACGAUUCAAACAACUGGUUUACAAACUGUACCCGAGGAUGAUGUUAUGAAUACCGAGUCACCUACGAUUUUAAAUGAUCCAAAUUCGAUCAAUGCGAUCAGUACGACUGAUGACCCUGAUAAAAUACCAACUUCUCCAGUUUCCGAUGGUUCUUCUAUGACUGGUAGUCGUUCGUUUUCGAGCAGUACUGUAGAUUCAUCAACAGUAUCAGUUCAAUCUUAUAGCUCAUCUGCUCAACGUAUAAAUACACAACCUACUGCUCAGCCCGAUUAUCGAGCAUCAUCUCCUCCAUUACCUGGUAAUCCAGGUGGUACUAGGUCACCACGUAGUGAAAGUAGUAAAGUUACCAAAUUCUUUGGUGAAGAUGUUCAAUCCAUAAAUCAAACCCGUGUACAACGUGAAGAUAAACCCUGGUUCCUUAAAUAUGAUUAUGAAGAAGCUGAAAUAGUUUUCAAUAUGGAAAGGCAUGUUAAGGGUGGUACUUUAAAUGCUUUGGUAGAAAGAUUAACGAUGCACGAUUUACUUGAUUCAAGUUUUAUAGCAACUUUUUUGUUGACAUAUCGUUCAUUCUGUACCACUGAACAAUUUUUUGAAAUGUUGACCAAACGUUUCAUGAUUUCACCUCCUGACAAUUUAACACCUGAGCAACUUGAAAUUUGGCAAGAAAAGAAACAAACACCUGUUAGAUUAAGAGUUUUUAAUAUUAUGAAGAGUUGGUUGGAAAAUUAUUAUAUUGAUGAUAAAGACGCUUCUUGUUUGGAACGUAUUCGUGAAUUCGCGCAAACUACAAUGCAUGAACACAUGGCUUUUGCGGCAUUACAACAACGAAAGGAUGCUGUCUUUAAAGAAAUGAUUCCUAAUAAUACUAUGUUACCACCACCUUCAAUUAAACCGAAAAAUCUAAAAAAAAUCAAAUUUUUAGAUUUGGACCCAUUAGAAAUUGCAAGACAAUUAACUAUAAUAGAAGCUAAACUUUACAAUAAAAUUAGACCAGUUGAAUGUUUGAACAAGGCAUGGAGUAGAGAAAGUAAAGAAGGUGAAGAUGGCGAUGGUGAAGAAGUAGCUGUAAACAUCAAAGCCAUGAUUGUUAACACUGAAUCAAUUCUUAAUCAAAAAGAAAUUAAAAAACGAUGUGCUUUUAUCAAACAUUUUGUUGCAGUAGCUGAUAGAUGUAAACAAUUAAACAACUUCAAUUCCUUAACGGCAAUCAUUUCCGGUCUUAAUUCGGCACCAAUUCAUCGCCUUAAGAGAACAUGGGAGAUGGUAAAUGCACGAACAAUACAGACGCUUGAUAACCUUAAUAGAAUCAUGAACUCUACAAAGAAUUUCUUUGAUUAUCGAGAAAUGCUACAUAGUGUGAAUCCACCGUGCGUACCAUUUCUGGGUGUUUAUUUAACUGAUCUUACUUUUAUCGAAGAUGGUAAUCCGGAUAUUCUUAAAAAAAAUCAACAAUUAAUUAAUUUUUCGAAGCGAAUGAAAACUGCAGAUGUGAUACGUGAAAUUCAACAGUAUCAAUCUGUACCCUAUAAUCUUACUCCUGUACAGGAAAUUCUAAUUUUCAUUCAAAGUCAUUUACAAGAUAGUAGAGAUGUUAGCGAUUUAUAUAGUACAA